GAAAUAAAAUAGAUUCAUAAAGUUAUCGGCCCUUCUCGUCGGGAGGCCUCAGUGGUGCAGAACCGUGAACUACCCGAAAGCCAGGUGAUGAACGUUUCAUCACCGCUAGAGCUGCAACCAAAUUGAAAGGAUAGAAGGCUAUUACAAGUUACAACAGACACCCAAAACCCCACACAGACCUAGGUUUAUAUGCACAAUGUUGCCAAUUUCUGCUAUCUUCACUUCUACUCACAUCCGCUUCUUCUCCAAACCAUUUUCUAUCCACCUCCGCAGACUACUCUCAACCCAAUCAUCACCAAUUGAAUACACACUCUCUCACCCCAUUUACACUAUAUGGGGCUCCAACACCGGCGUCGGCAAAACCCUUGUUUCCGCCGGCCUUGCCGCCUCCAUUCUCUCUCCUCUUUCUCUCUCCUCAACCCCCAUCACCAAAUUCAUCUACCUCAAGCCAGUCCAGACCGGCUUCCCUUCCGAUUCCGAUUCCUACUUCGUCUACCGUAAAUUCUCCGAAAUCUUUCUUCACCGGCGUCCCCCAUUUACCGUUUUUGCUUCGAAUCAAACCCUCAAAGCGUCAACGCCAGCUUCAAAAGCCACAUUAGGUGCUGGGUAUGGUGUCGAGAGUCUCCAGACCGAAGAGGGUGGAAAAUGGGAAAGUGGGUUCAGGGAUUUGGGGUUGUAUGAAGAGAGAAAGCUACAGAGUGAGGGUGGUGAGGAGGAGGCUGCAGUGGUUUUGGAAUUGAUUUGUAAGACAAUGUAUGGGUGGAGAGAGCCGGUUUCGCCUCAUUUGGCAGCAGAAAGGGAAGGGGCCAUGGUGAGUGAUUCAGUGUUGUUGGAUACAUUGAAACGUUGUUUGGGGAUUGGCGUUGAAGGUGAGGGUGGAGAGGAUCAGAAGGUGAGUGUUCUGAGUGUGAUUGAAACUGCCGGUGGUGUUGCAAGUCCAGGGCCAUCGGGUUCACUUCAAUGCGACUUGUACCGGCCUUUCCGGUUACCUGCUAUUCUCGUUGGGGAUGGACGGCUAGGUGGUAUUUCAGGAACUAUUUCAGCUUAUGAAAGUUUAAAAUUACGAGGAUAUGACGUAGUUGCUAUUGUUUUUGAAGAUCGUGGUCUUGUAAAUGAGAUGCCAUUGUUGUCUUAUCUACGGAAUAGGGUUCCUAUUCUUGUGCUUCCUCCUGUUCCACAAGAUAUGUCAGACAACCUGAUGAAAUGGUUUGAUGAAUCUCAGAAUGUUUUUAGUUCUCUUAAGGAAAUAAUGCUAUCAGCAUUUGUAGAAAGAAUAAAGAGAUUACAUGAUAUGCCAAAGAAGGCAAGAGAUAUUUUCUGGUGGCCAUUUACUCAGCACACACUUGUACCUGAAGAAAAGGUUAUGGUAAUAGAUUCACGUUGUGGCGAGCACUUUGCCAUUCACAAGGUCAAGAAUCAUGAUCUCAUGACUCAACAAUUUGAUGCCUGUGCUAGUUGGUGGACGCAGGGACCUGAUGCUACUUUACAGAUUGAGCUAGCAAGAGAUAUGGGUUAUACUGCUGCAAGAUUUGGGCAUGUAAUGUUUCCUGAGAAUGUUUACGAGCCAGCUUUAGAAUGUGCAGAACUGUUGCUUGAUGGUGUUGGGAAAGGAUGGGCUUCUCGGACAUUCUUUUCCGAUAAUGGAUCUACAGCUAUUGAAAUUGCCCUCAAGAUGGCAUUUCGCAAAUUCUUGUUUGAUCAUGGAAUUCUUGCAGAUCUUCUGCAUUCCAAAACAGAUGAAAAAUGUGUUGAGCUCAAGGUCCUAGCUCUUAGAGGUUCUUAUCAUGGUGAUACUUUGGGUGCUAUGGAAGCACAAGCACCGUCAUCUUAUACAGGCUUUCUCCAGCAACCAUGGUACACGGGAAGAGGUAUUUUUCUUGAUCCCCCAACAGUUUUUAUGUGCAAUGGCAUUUGGAAGCUUUCCCUACCUGAAACGAUGCAAUUUGAAAAACUGAAAGCAGAAGAUAUGUCCUUCUACUUGCGUGAUGAAGUUUUCUGUAAGAGCAGGAACGAUUCAAGUCUUGCUGAUAGUUAUUCCUUACAUAUAACACAAGAGUUAUUGCUACAUUCCCGGUCAAGAGGGUUCACUCAUGUUGGAGCAUUGAUUAUAGAACCAGUCAUACAUGCUUCUGGUGGAAUGCAAAUGAUUGAUCCGCUUUUCCAACGUGUACUUGUUAAAGAAUGCCAGAGUCGAAAAAUUCCAGUUAUCUUUGAUGAGGUUUUUACAGGUUUCUGGCGUCUGGGAGCAGAGUCUGCUGCAGAUCUACUUUGCUGUCAACCAGAUAUAGCCUGUUAUGCAAAGCUGAUGACUGGUGGCAUUAUACCCAUGUCUGCCACAUUGGCAACAGAUGCUGUUUUUGAUGCAUUUGUUGGAGAUUCAAAGCUCAAGGCCCUUUUACAUGGACAUUCCUACACUGCCCAUGCUAUGGGGUGUGCAGCUGCUGUUAAAUCCAUCAAAUGGUUUAAGGACCCUCAAACAAACCUUAAUUUAAUUUCUGAAGAAAUGUUGCUUAGGGAGCUAUGGAAUAUGGAACUAGUGCAGCAGAUCUCAUCACUUCCAGUAGUUCAAAGAGUGGUCUCAUUAGGAACUCUUUGUGCCCUAGAACUCCAAGCAGAAGGCUGCAAUGCUGGGUAUGGAUCACUCUAUGCAAACUCUCUUAUUCAGAAUCUCCGUCAAGAUGGUAUUUACAUGAGACCUCUGGGUAAUGUCAUUUAUCUCAUGUGUGGGCCUUGUACAUCGCCUCAGAUCUGCACCCAACUGCUGGAGAAGCUUCACACAGGACUUAAUGAGUUCAGCCAAGCUCAGGAGAAAUUAGGAUCUUAUGUAUCUUAGGAAGUUUAUAUAUCAGCUCUUAAAACUAUUUAUGGUUAAUUGGUGAUUGAAAAUUCUGUUAUCUUUACUGAGUUUCUGAAUGGUUUAGUUGCUCUAAAAGGUUCUCUUAAUAUUGCGUUACACAUUACAAAUUAUACUAGUGCUGUUCGUUAUUAAUAUCAAAAUUAUAUAAUUUGUGAUUAA